CCAGCCGCCAGAGGCGGAAGGCGGGGCGGGGCGGGCGGAAUCCGCCACACCAGAAAACUAUACAGAGUACUCCGUACACAGCAGAUCUCCAUACAGAACCCGUCUUGCUCUCUCGCCGUGAGCCUCUGAAAGCGCUGGGUAUUCAUUACUCGCAAAGAUGGCUGCAAAAGCAGAAGAGGGCAUCGCCAACUUGACGUUGGUAGAAGACGGGAAACCGCAGCUGGCCAACGGUGCGGGCGCCGGUACCAAGGCGGAAAAUGACGAUUCCGACGAAGACGAGGGUGACGACAAUGAGGGGGCGCCCGAGGCAGGAGCCGACGGCGCUGCGAAGAAGAAGAAGAAAAGAAAGCCUAGGAAGAAAAAGAAGGCCGGCGCCAGCUCAGGCCUCAAAGUGCAGACAUCGCCUCCACGCGUGCCUGUCCAUGAGCUUUUUCCCAACCACACCUACCCCGAAGGCGAGAUUUGCGAGUACCGCGAUGAGAACGCUUAUCGUACCACAAGCGAGGAGAAGCGUUACCUGGACCGCAUGAACAAUGACUUCUUGACCGACUACCGCCGCGCGGCAGAGGUACACCGCCAAGUACGCCAGUGGGCGCGGAACUGGAUCAAGCCAGGCAUGACCCUCACCGAGAUUGCCGAGGGCAUCGAGGACUCAGUACGUGCCCUGACAGGACAUCAAGGGCUGGAGGAAGGUGAUGCUCUCAAGGCCGGUAUGGGCUUUCCCACGGGUCUGAGUAUCAAUCACUGCGCGGCCCACUACACGCCCAAUGCAGGCAACAAGAUGGUCUUGCAUGCCGAGGAUGUCAUGAAAGUCGACUUUGGCGUGCACGUCAACGGCCGCAUCGUGGAUAGUGCCUUCACCCUGCACUUCGAUCCCGUCUAUGACAAUCUCAUCAAUGCCUGCAAGGAUGCCACCAAUGCUGGAAUACGGGAGGCUGGAAUUGAUGUCCGCAUGUCUGAUAUUGGCGCCGCCAUCCAGGAGGUCAUGGAGAGCUAUGAGUGCGAGAUCAAGGGCACGACGUACCCUGUGAAGUGCAUCCGCAAUCUGAACGGACACAGCAUCGGUCACUACACCAUUCAUGGCGGAAAGACGGUGCCCAUUGUCAAAGGUGGCGACCAGACCAAGAUGGAGGAGGGUGAAACCUUUGCCAUCGAGACCUUUGGAAGCACUGGCAAAGGUUAUGUCAGGGAUGAUAUGGAAACAUCUCAUUAUGCGAAGCGCGAAGACGCUCCCAAGGUGGCCUUGCGCGUCUCGUCAGCCAAGACCCUUUUGAACUCCAUCACGAAGAAUUUCGGCACUCUGCCCUUCUGCAGACGCUAUCUCGACCGCCUUGGCCAUGACAAGUAUCUGCUAGGUUUGAAUAGCCUCGUUUCUGCCGGCAUCGUAGAAGCAUACCCCCCACUCUGUGACGUGAAGGGAAGCUAUACCGCGCAAUCCGAGCAUACCUUUAUCCUCCGUCCUACCGUCAAGGAGGUCAUCAGCCGAGGUGAUGACUAUUAGAGUCGCAAUGUCGGUCUAACUCCUGAUAGGGAGGAAGACGCCGUCGUUGGUUUGUUCCGUCUGGUGCAUUUGGUGUGUUUGGUGUGUUGCAUAUGUAGUUUAUCCAUGGCGACAGACAGUCGCGUUUGCAAGGUGGCGUGGGCGACUAUGAAUGUAACUGAAUGAGGUUAUGUUGUCUAGUCAUACGAUACAUAUCAGGAGACUAUUCUAGCAAUAACGUGCAUAUUGUCUAUGCAGCUGCACGGGCUUGUACCCAUGUCAGUAGAGAGCAUUAUUACACAGUUGGAAC